AUGAUCAAUAUCAAGAAGCUCAUCAAAUUGGCAAGGAAAUGGCAGAAACUGGCUGCUAUCAAGAGAAGAAGAAUCACACUUCCACGACCCAUUGGGAGAACAGAUACUAGCAGUUGUAGCACAUCAUCAACAGCUGAGAAGGGUCAUUUUGUGGUAUACUCUGCCGAUCAGAAACGCUUUCCGCUUCCUCUGGAUUAUCUUAACCAUGAGAUUGUCAGAGAGCUGCUCAUAAUUGCAGAAGAAGAAUUUGGAUUACCUAGUAAUGGGCCUCUAACAUUGCCUUGUGAUUCAGACCUUAUGGAAUAUGUGUUUUCUUUGAUCAAUUCCCAUGUUACUAGAGAUGUAGAGAAGGCGUUACUGAUAUCUUUCUCCUUAGUUUACAACACAGCAGCAAUACAUUCUAAGAUGAUCAGUGCCAAGAAGCUUAUUAAGUUGGCAAAGAAAUGGCAGAAGCUGGCUGCUAUCAGGAGGAGAAGAAUUACAUUACCACAAGCAAUUGAGAGCGUAGAUUCGAACAGUUGCAGGACAUCAGCAGCAGUUGAGAAAGGCCAUUUUGUGGUAUACUCUGCUGAUCAGAAAUGCUUUGUGCUCCCUCUUGAAUAUCUAAACUGUCACAGCGCUACUCAAACUGGCAGAAGAAGAGUUUGGAUUGUCGCACAAUCCACCUCUCACAUUGCCAUGUGA